GGAAAGUACGUUAGAGAUUAGAAGUUAGUACGCAUUGAUUUCAAAUUAUAGUCACAUGAAUAUCACAAAUUAUAGAAGACGCAUAUGAGCGGUAAACAAAAAUGUCUAGUUCAGUCUCAACCAUCAAACCAGAGAUUUUUACUAGUACCACUCCUACAAUAGGUAAUGUGUUCUUUUCUUGGUACGACUAUGCUUUCUUCGGGGUUAUGUUGUGCAUCAGCAUGGGCAUUGGGAUAUACGUGGGGUGCUUCGGGAAGAAACAAACUACUGCUAAGGAUUACUUGAUGGGUGGUAACAAAAUGAAGGUGGUACCAAUUGUCAUUUCAUUGGUUGCAAGCCAUUGUUCUGGAGUGACUCUACUUGCCUUGCCAGCUGACAUAUAUCGCUUUGGAGCCGCUUAUUGGCUGGGAUCCUUCUCAUUCUUGGUAUUAACAGUAGUAACUAUCUAUGUGUUUUUACCAGUUUUCCACAAUCUACAGUUGACCAGCACCUAUGAGUAUUUGGGAAUACGCUUUGACAAGAGAGUGAGAAAAUGUUCUUCGUUUCUGUUUGCUAUGACUGUAUUUUUACAUCUACCUAUAGUUAUAUACAUACCAGCUUUGGCAUUCUCUGCAGCAUCUGGCAUCAACGUACAUGUUAUUACUCCCAUAGUUUGUGGGGUAUGUAUUUUCUACACAACCAUAGGUGGAUUGAAAGCUUUGGUUUGGUCUGAUGCUCUUCAAUUUUCCGUGACCAUGGGUGCCAUGUUAACUGUAUUUGUGCUUGGACUGAAAUCAAUUGGAGGUAUUUCUUAUGUUUGGCAGAAAGGUAUCGAGCAAGGACGACUUGACAUUUUUGAUUUUGAUGUGGACUUCACUAAAAGGGAAUCUUUCUGGGCUAUCAUGGUUGGACUUACUAUACAUUGGAUCGCUCACACAAGUGUCAACCAAGGAUGUACGCAGAAAUUUUUGUCGGUUUCAUCUUUGAAAGACUCCAAAAAAGCAGUAUCGCUGUACUGUCUGGGAAUGAUCCUAGUGAAAUCACUGAGUGUCGUGAGUGGGCUUAUAAUGGCAGCAAAGUAUUCAGAAUGUGACCCAUUUUUGACCAGUAAAAUUAAGAAAAAGGAUCAAUUGUUUCCAUACUACGUACUUGAUGUGGCUGGUAAUAUUCCUGGAGUAUCUGGGGCGUUUAUUGCUGGAAUUUUCACAGCAUCUUUGAGCUCUCUAUCGGCAAAUUUAAACAGUUUAGCUGGUACAAUUUACGAAGAUUUCCUGAAAAGUUUCCUGACGAAAAGAGGAAAGAAUAACGCUGGUGUAACUUUGAAGAUUCUGGUUGUAAUAAUCGGAGUAAUCAGUACUUCUCUGGUAUAUAUCGUGGAAAAAAUGGGAGGUUUACUUUCGCUGUCCAUUGGCUUGGGUAGCAUGGCACAUGGACCACUACUUGGAAUGUUUACGCUUGGACUUCUAUUUCCUAGGGCCAACGGCAAGGGUGCAUUUUAUGGUGCAAUGGCAGCGAUGCUUUCAAUGAUGAGCGUAAUUGUGGGAAAUAACUACUACGUAUCCAGAAAAUUGCUGGUAUAUCCAACAAAGCCAGUGUCUACAGACAAAUGUUAUGAGAAUGAAACAUUUAUAUCGGAUAUCCAUUUUCUGAGUACCAGUGAUCACAAUGAAGAUAUAUCCCCAAUCUUCAAGAUAUCCUUCUACUGGUAUUCAGCUAUUGGUUGUACCAUAUGCGUAUUGGUUGGUAUUAUCAUCAGUUAUAUGACUGAAGAGAAUGAUCCUCCUGUCAGUAAGGAACUUCUAAGUCCCGUGAUACAUAGAUGGCUAUCUAAAGAUAAAUAUCCAGACAAAAUUCAUCUGGAGUAUGACAGUGUUGAAGAUUCUCUGAAGAAAGUUGUGAAUGGGAAUACAAAUGAAAAAGAAGAAGAGUUGAAUAGGAAGUUGCUGAGGCUAGAAGUGAUGAGGAAGAAAUCCUUCAUUAUGGACUCAAUUGAUGACUGAUACACCUCUAUUAGAGUCUCAUUAAAUUUUGUUAUGUAAAAGAAGAAACAAGUGUAUGUCGAAAAGGCAACAUUGAAGCUAAUGACUUAACUAAAGACCUAAGUUAAAAUAGAAUAUGGUCCUCGAGAUCAUAAUACUUUUUAAAUGGUUUCAAUUUAGCUUACGAUUGUUUUCUUUUGAAAAUGUAAUCAUGCGAAUAAAAUAGCAUUCAAAUUAAUCACUUACAGAGUUUAAAUUAUUUAGAGAAUUCUGUAACAGCAUAUGAAGUUAUGAAAGUACACUUGCAAAAUGUGAAUAAUCCUAUAAAUAAAAAUGUAUACAAA